AUGUCCAGUCCCUUUGGUGAGCCGCCCAAGGGCCUCAAUCUCGAGGAGGACAGCACGGGGAGAAAUGACGCUGUCGUCGUCUGCAUGUAUGCCCUGGCCUUUGUGACCAUUGGCUUUCGGUUAUUUUCCCGGAUGAAGGUCCAGCAGGCCAGCAUAGGGCUCGAUGACUGGCUGAUAGUAGGGGCACUGUUAUCAGGUACAGCCAACAUGGCCUGUGCAAUAGCCGGAGGACACUAUGGCCUUGGUAAACAUGUUUGGGUUGUCACUCUAGAUGAAAUAAUUAACAUGGUGCAUGUACUAUACGCCAACGUGCUCCUUUAUAUCCUCACCGUUCCCCUCAUCAAAGUCUCCAUCAUACUCUCGUAUCGCCGACUCUUUGGUAUGCAGUGGACCAUGUGGGCUUGCAUCGUCCUGUCCAUCGCCUACUGGAUAGGCUGCUCAGUCGCCUUUCUAUGCUCCUGCCAACCGGUUUCAUAUUUCUGGACACAAUACAAAAACUCCCUCGGCGGCUACGUCCGUUAUGAUAUUUACCCAUUCUACAUUGCUCAUGCCGUCGCCAACAUGGCCGGCGACCUUCUCAUCCUUCUCGUUCCGAUUCCGCUAGUUUGGCGUUUGAAGUUACGAGUGGGACAGAAGAUCCAAAUUCUAAGCAUCUUCCUUCUCGGUGGCUUUGUCUGUGUCGCCAGCGCCAUCCGCAUCUACUACUUCACCUUCAUCAACGACGUCGACGUGACCUGGAACCUGGGCAACGUUUUCAUCUGGUCCAGUGUUGAACCAUCCAUCGGCAUCGUCUGUGCCUGCCUCCCCGUCCUCCAACCCCUUUUCCGAACAAUUAUCAACCGCCGGAGCAUGCCAAACCGACCCACCACAAAAGGCGUCCGCUUCGCACCCGAUAUCAUGAGCAAGAUCCACGGCGACGAUCGGAAACAGACACGAGAAGAUGAAGCCGUGUUAACGACAACGUCGGUACAUAUCGAAAUGGACGGUGCAGGCAAGGGGAGGAUUAGCGAUGAAGAAGAAGCCAUGGGGUACGAUUUAAUGUCUAUCAAGGUGCAAAAGGAUUUCCAAAUGGAGGAAGAGCAUCGUCGAUAA